CACCGGAGUAGUACGCUCGCGUGUCGCCGUGUGCCUCCAUGGGUGCUCCGCGUGGCCCGCCCCAUCCUUCCGCCGACCGUUUACACCUUUCCCCAAGCCCGAGCCCGUGCCCGUGCCCUCCCCUAUUAAACCCAACUGCUUCCCUGCCAGUUCAUUACUCUUCUCCUCGCUCCCCAUUUUGAAUCGACAGAGAUCAGAGGUAUUGUGGUGCAGCUAGCUAGGGCUAGGAGCGAGCAAGCAAGCAGAUCCAGGAGGAGGGGAGCGGAGAUGGCGGACUGGGGGCCGGUGGUGAUCGCGACGGUGCUGUUCGUGCUGCUGACGCCGGGCCUGCUGUUCCAGCUGCCGGCGCAGGGCCGGAUCGUGGCCUUCGGCAGCAUGCACACCGGCGGCCUCGCCAUCCUCGUCCACGCCGUCAUCUACUUCGCCCUCAUCACCAUCUUCCUCAUCGCCAUCGGGGUCCACAUCUACGCCGGCUGAAGAACCCCCCGCUCUUCUUCGCCAAACAUCGCUUCUCCGGCUCCGCCAUGCGCAUGAAGCUGUAUUUGGCUGAUAUUUACCGUUUUUAUUGUACUGUGUAGUGAGUACUCUACCUACCUUGUAUUGUCUUCUUCGUUUAGGUGAGGUGACCAGAGAGACAGAUAUGGUUUGUUGUUUACCUUGGAUUUCGUUUGAGAUUGCUGGCUGGCUGGCUGCCGUGCACUCUCUGUCUCUGCCUCUGUCUCUGGGAUGAAAAUUUAUCCAGGAUGGAUGUUGUUGUUGCUGCA